AUGAAGGUCCUCGUGUCCACCUAUCCCUACGCCGGGCACUUCAACCCAACGCAGCCCGUCAUCUGCGAGCUCGUCCGCCGCGGCCAUGACGUCGUCUGGAUGACGGGGCCGGUCUACGAGGCGCGCGUUCGACAGACCGGCGCCCGGUUUGUGCCCAUGUCCCCGGACGCGCUCAUCGACGACGAACACAUCCACGUCAUCCACGGCAAAGUCACCCUCGCCAAGGUCGCCGACUACCUGCGCCGCCUCUUUCUGGACCGCAUCCCCGCCCAGGUCCGCGACUAUGAGGGCGUCGCCGCCGCCGCCGACGGGUUUGUCCCCGACGUUUUGGUCGUCGACUUUUGCACCUACGCCGCCCGCUGCUACAUGGACCGCGCCGGCCUGCCCUAUGCCACCCUCGGCAUCAACCCCUUGGUGACGCUCGACCCGGAAAUCCCGCCCUGGGGGUCCGGCGAGCAGCCGCCGCGGACCGCCGGGGGCCGUCUGCGCAACCGUGUGCGCCACGCUCUGGGCAUCGUCUUUUUCAUCUCGCGGCUGUCGGCGGCGCUCAACAAGCAGCGCCGCGCGCUGGGGCUGCCGCCGCGCAGCCGCUGGCGCAGCUAUGCCGACGAUGUGCGGUCGCCGGACCUCCACAUCAUGAUGACGACGCCGGCGUUUGAGUUCCCCCGGAAGAACAUGCUGCGCAGCGUCGUGUUUGUCGGGCCUCUUUUGCCGUCCUGGCUGGAUGGGGACAAGAAGGCCGUGGAGGACAGCAGCGAGGCCGGCACAAAGGCAGCAGGCAAUGCCAGCACGGGUGCUGCCGGCGCAGAGCCCAGUGACGAAAACGCAGCGUCGGCCGACGCUGUACAGCCUACCGACAACACGCCGCCUGCAAAUGAUGUGCAACUGGCCGACACUACGCCGCCGUGGUGGGACGAGAUGCUGGCCCAUCCACGCGAGCGAGUCGUCCAUUUGACCCAAGGGACCAUUGCCACCAACACCGACUUGCUGGUAAAGCCGACGGUCGAGGCCCUCGCCGACCGUGACGACCUGCUCGUCAUUGUCACCGGCAAGAACGUCGAGGCCAUGUUUAAAAGCGACCCGCCUGCCGGUACCGCGAUGGCCUCACAUUCAGGGCCGAAUGUCGAGACUGUUGAAGCGGUCCAAGGUGUCGACACGGCCGCCGUCCCAGAGAGCCCCAAGAUAAAGCGCCCGGCCAACGUGCGCACGGCCGCCUUCGUUCCCCACCUGCGCCUGCUGCCGCACGUCGGCGUCAUGGUCACCAAUGCCGGCUACAACGGUGUCCUGGCCGCCCUCAGCUGCGGCGUGCCGCUGGUCUGUGCCGGGCGGACCGAGGACAAGGCGGACGUGAGCAGCCGCGUGGCCUGGUCGGGCGCGGGCAUCGACCUGGCCACGGCGGCCCCGACAGCCGCGGCCGUGCGGGCUGCGGUGCUGCGCAUCGUGGACAGCGAUGCACCCGCGCGUGCGCCACGCAACAAGAAGAAAGGCGGGCCCUUGGCCCUGCACCCCCCGGGCCAUGACUACCGUGCGGUUGCAGCCCGGAUUCGCGACGACUUUGCGCGACACAACGGGCCAGCCGAGGCGGUGGAUGCGCUGGAGGCGUUGGUCAAGCAAAAGGCACAGGAGAAAGCAGUCGCAGAGACACUGGGGCGCAUGGACAGCACAACGAAGAGGAAGAGGCUGCAGCCAAAGCCGCUGCGGGAUAGCAUGGCCGAGAGUGCUCAGUCGUAA